GUCCCGGUUGGCCAGUCAUCGAAAUUAAAAGAAAGAGUAAGUUUCGUUGUGAAUUUGCUUUUUCUUUCAUUUCUCUUUUUUUGUAGAGACUUUGGCAGACUUGUUUUUUCUUUUUUUAGACGAUCUUCCUCAGUUGUUGCUAACAAAAAAUAUCGGAUAGCUGAAAUUGGGUUCUUCGGAUGUGUUCUUUGGUUCAUUGGACGUGGGAUUUUGGUGAGCAGUAUACAAAAUUUUCUACAAUUACUAAUUUUUCUUUUUUUUUAAAAACGGUUUGUUCCUUGGCGUUUUGAACGUGAAAUUUAGAUGGCUUAGCAUCGGAGGCGAUCAGAAAUGAUUUGCAUAUGCGAAGUUUAUAUUUUUUCAAAACCAUUUAAUGUUUAUUAUCGAUAUAACAUUUUACAUCAAUUUACAUUUACGAUUAGAUUUAGAAUAGAACACUCUACUAUUAGUUUGUAAGAUACUUUACAACUUAUUUACAGCUUCAAAAUAAAUUUAUUAUAUAACUUUACUAUCACUUUAAU